UUCUCCAAUUCUCUUUCUCUUUGUACGUCAUUACCAAGUGCUGAAUCCAAAGCAUAUCUAUCUGGGCAGAGGAGAAAAAAAAUAAAGAAAAAAGAAAAAAAAACUUACCAUUUUUUCUUCUUCUCCUGAAUGAUAAUUAUCAGGACAAGAAAAUGCCGGUGCCACCGUGGCUAGAGCCAUUGUUAACGACGUCGUUUUUCUCGGUCUGCCGGACUCACGGUGACGCCGCCCGGAGCGAGCGCAACAUGUUCUGCCUAGAUUGCCCCAACGGCGACGCCUUUUGCUUCUAUUGCCGUUCAUCUAAACACCAAGAUCACCAAGUCAUUCAGAUUAGGAGAUCUUCGUACCAUGAUGUUGUGAGAGUUUCCGAGAUUCAGAAAGUGUUGGACAUAAGUGGAGUUCAAACGUAUGUGAUAAACAGUGCAAGGGUUUUGUUCCUCAACGAGCGGCCGCAGCCCAAGACCGGUAAGGGCGUCGCCCACAUUUGUGAAAUCUGUGGGAGAAGCUUGUUGGACCCCUUCCGCUUCUGUUCACUGGGUUGUAAGCUUGUGGCAAUAAAGAGAAAUGGUGAUGCAAGCUUUGCCUUGGAGGCAAAGAAUGAGGAAGAAUUAGUGCGGAUGAGAAGACUAGAAGGGAUAUCGUCAACGAGAGGGACAUUGUUAAGAGAAGAAGAAGAAUUGCGUGAAGGCUCACGACAAGACAUAUACCCGCCCACGCCUUCUCCACCUCCUUCAAGUGCAAGAAGAAGAAAAGGCAUUCCUCAUAGAGCUCCAUUUGGGUCCUAGAAUUAUUCAUUCCUUUGGAGCUAAAAAAGAAGAGGAAAAAAAAUGGUUCUUUUUUCAACCCAAGAGGAAAAAAAAAAAAAAAAAGGGAAAGGAAAAAAAAAAUGAAGGAAAAAAAAAACUCCACUAUUUGGGUGUCUAUGUCUAAAAAAGCAUGCCAAGAAACAAAAGGGUAUGGAAGAAAGUUCUUCCUUUUAGGUUUUGGGUCCCAUACAACAAAUUCUCUCUUGUGAAAGAUGCAAUAAUGCAGAAUUGUUAUUGACA